ACUAUAUCUCGCAUAAUUGGUGCGAUGUAAUAUCUCUAUCUUUUUGUUUCAGGUAUAUCAAGUGGCAUAUGUUGUGAUCCAAUCAGCGAUAUCUCCAAGACCAGGCGCUUGGGUUCUGGAACAUUCCGUGGAUGGCGAAGACUUCUUCCCCUGGCAGUACUUUGCCAGGAACGAUAAGGAGUGCUACGAAAGGUACGGAGUACCAGCGACCAAGGGAAAACCGAGAUAUACAUCUGACACUGAAGUAAUCUGUACCUCUUUCUACUCGAGGUUAACACCAUUGGAAGAUGGAGAGAUCCAUCUAUCGCUGAUUCAAAGCCGUCCAGGUGCGAACGAAACCACGGACGCCCUUUUGGACUUCGUAACAGCCAGGUUCGUGAGGUUCCGCUUCGAGGGACUUCGAGGUACCAAGGAACCACUACCAAAAUGGUGGACAUCCCAAAACGCGGCCAGAAGAGAGAAGAGUUUGUUCUAUUCCAUCAGAGAUGUCGUGGUUUGGGGACAGUGCGUAUGUAAUGGGCAUGCGGAUAGUUGCAGACACAACGUGGCAUCUGGGCACCCAGAAUGUGAGUGCGCCCACCACACGUGCGGUCCCAGCUGCGACAGGUGCUGCCCCCUCUUCAACCAACGCAAAUGGGCGCCAGGCAGUUGGGCGGACGCUAACCUGUGCGCCCCGUGCAAUUGUCAUGGACACGCUGUCAGCUGUCACUAUGACGAGUCAGUCGACAGGGCCGGAAUCAGCAUGGAUGUGGAUGGCAAUUAUCAGGGUGGGGGCGUAUGCGACAAUUGUACGGAUUUCACGACAGGCAUCAACUGCGAGCGUUGCCUUUUAGGCUACUAUCGUCCAUUAGGAGUCUUGCCCAAUGCCACUUCACCAUGUUUAGCCUGCAAUUGUGACCAAGUGGGCUCUGUUGAGCUGGAAUGUGACAUCGAAGGAAAAUGCAGGUGCAGAGUAGGCUAUAAAGGUGACAAGUGUGACAGAUGCGCGCUUGGUUACGAUGGAUAUCCCAGAUGUGAAGCUUGUGCUUGUGAUGACAAAGGAACAGCGCCCAAUGCCAAUAAAUGUGUCGCAGAUACUUGUCAGUGUAAGGUACACGUCGAGGGUAGAUUUUGUGAUCGCUGCAAACCAGGAUAUUUUGGGCUGAGGUCAAACCUUGAAGAAGGAUGUCUAUCAUGUUACUGCUCGGGGAUAACGAGUCUGUGUGAGUCGGCUGUAGUUCUCCCUCAGAAGGUUGAUUCUCUAAAAGAAUGGCUGGUGACUGACCUGAACGUAAGCAAAGUAGCUCAACCAAAUCACAAUGCCCAAGGUGUAUUUUCAUUGGGCACAUACGAUUUCCAUGGAACGAGACACCUUUAUUGGCUGGCUCCUGAAUUGUAUACUGGAAAUAAACUUCACGCCUACGCAUCUAACUUUACGUUCAAAGUACAAUGGGUGGUGAUGAGGGGAGAUACUAGUGGAGAACCAACAAUAGGACCGAAUGUCGUCAUUGCUGGCAAUAACGGACUCAAAGUGGCGCACGGAUAUAAUAUUUAUUCGAAUUCUAAGAUGACUUUCCACAUAAAAAUGAGUGAACAAGGCUGGUACUUUUUCGAUGAAGAAAAGCUACCCACUCCGCAAAAUUCCUUCCAAAUUCAACCGGUUAGUCGGCAAGAUUUCCUAAGUAUUCUGUCAGAUAUCAAAUAUAUUUUGCUGCGGUCUACAUUUCACACGGAUCAAAUAGAAGCGUUGCUAGAAGAAGCUAAAUGGGAUGUUGGAGUAGAAGAAGAAGGGUACUCUAGCGUUGAGAAGUGCUCGUGUCCUUCAGGUUACAGUGGCCUGUCUUGCGAGCAGUGCUCCUUCGGCUAUGUACGUGUAACGCCUCCUUCCAAUGGCUCCACUCCAGUGCAACAUUAUUGCGCAAAAUGCGACUGCAAUGGGCAUUCUGCAGCGUGCGAUUUGGAUACUGGAGCGUGCGAGUGCGAACAUAACACUGCUGGAGAAAAGUGUGAACGGUGUAUGUCCGGGUACUAUGGGAACCCGCUUAGGGGUACUACGGAGGAUUGCAAGAGAUGUGCUUGUCCGUUGGAAAACGAAGAAAAUAAUUUCAGUCCAAGUUGCCAAUUGGAUUUUUUCAACAAAGGCGAUGGCAGCGAUUGGAGUUACGUUUGCACUCAGUGUCCAAAAGGAUACACAGGGGAUCAUUGUGAAAUAUGUGAUGACGGAUACUUUGGAAACCCUCUGGAAGUAGGAAACAGUUGUCAACCAUGUGAUUGUAAUGGUGGCCCUUGCGAUAGAAAAACUGGGCAAUGUCUCAGCUGUAAAGGAAAUACUGAAGGUUAA